AUGCUCGAUGCGAUAUACCGCUCCUUCAGUGAGCUCAGUUUGGUGGAGAAAAUUCUUGUCAUCUACUGUGGGCUCUUUGUACGAUGGGCAUCUGCUGUGGUGUAUCGUCAUUUUCGGAUGUGGAAAGCUUUGCGACCAAUGCCUGGUCCGUUCGACCGUGGCCUUUCGGGAUUCAUACCCCCGGCCUACAACAUAUUCUGCCUCAUCCUCCAGAAAGCUGAUUCGGAGUACUGGGACACAUCUACAGGCAUUUUUCGAUUGCUGACAGGCUUGAGCGCUUGGUACCACAAGGAGAAGGUGUACAAGGUCUUCCUGGGUUUCCAGCCGACGGUAAUCGUGUUUUCCCCGGAAGGAGUUGAGGCUGUCCUGAAUCAUACGACAAAUCUCAAGAAGCCGAUCCUGUAUUCUCUCUUGAACACAUGGCUGGGCACAGGCUUGCUUACAAGUUGUGGAGAGAAAUGGCGUGCACGCCGGAAGAUGUUGACGCCGGCCUUCCACUUCCGAAUUCUUGAAGAUUUCCUGCCGGUCAUGAAUGAGCAGGCAGACGUGUUCGUGGCAAAUCUUCAGACCAAAAUCGACGCAGACUUCGAUAUCGUACCUGAGAUCACAAAAUGCACGCUGGACAUCAUUUGUGAAACCGCGAUGGGUGUCAAAGUCGGAGCUCAGUCCGGAACUGAAUCGCAAUACGUGACAGACGUUUACGCCGUGGGAAAAUUCUUUCUUGAACGGCUCGUACGCCCGUGGCUCUACCUAGAUUAUCUGUACUUGCUCACGGAGGCUGGCAGGACUUUUCGACGUCAUGUGAAAGGCAUACAUGCGUUCACUGAAGGCGUCAUCAAAGAAAGGAAGCAACAAGCCGUCGCGGAGAGGAAGCUCGAUCCACAAUAUCGAGGAAAACGUCUGGCGUUCCUCGAUCUCCUUCUAGAACAACAUUUCGCAAACCCAAAAUCCUUACCGGAGAGCGACAUACGAGAGGAGGUCGACACCUUCAUGUUCGAGGGACACGAUACAACGGCUAUGGCGCUCUCUUGGACCAUUUUCAUGAUGGGUCUCCAUCCCGAUGUCCAACGCCGUUGCCAAGAUGAACAGGACAGGAUAUUCGGAUCCGAUGAAAGACAGCCGAGCAUGGCGGAUCUCAGGAGCAUGAAGUACCUGGAUUGCUGCAUCAAAGAGGCCCUGAGACUCUUCCCAUCGGUACCGGUUGUUGGUAGAGAGGUGCACGCAGCUUUCCGCUUGAACGGAUACGAAAUUCCAGCAGGGACGGUCGUGCUGGUGUUUUCGUAUCAAUUGCACCGUGACAAGCAGAGCUUCCCGAAACCCGAGGAGUUCAUACCGGAGCGCUUCCUCCCUGAAAAUUCGAACGGGAGGCAUCCUUUCGCAUACGUUCCAUUUUCGGCAGGACCGCGAAACUGCAUCGGUCAACGAUUUGCGCUGAUGGAGGAAAAAGUAGUUUUAUCCAGAUUCUUGCGGAACUUCAGCGUCAAAUCAAUGGUCGGGUUGGAAUCUAUAGAACUUUCGGCCGAGAUGGUCUUGAGAUCGAAGACGGGUUUGCCGGUGAAGAUUUCAAGGAGAACACCAUCUUGGGUGUGA